CAAAAUAACAACACUGACUACUAGACUAAAAUACAGUUUUGUGUGUUAAGUUUGAAAUACUGCAAUAAAAUGAAUGAUUUUAGUCGUCAGAAUAAAAUUACAGGAGUGUAUUGGCUGAAAGGUUCCGUGGAAAACAUUAAAAUAAGAGUGAAACUAAAACCCAUAGACGGAUUGAUAUCAUUACCAAAAUUAGAAGAGUUCACAAGCACACCAAACAUGAUUCGUUCUGAAAUUCAAGAGCACACAUUUAUAUGGCAGGAGAAGUCGUUUUGCAUACGAGAGUUGCAGCAAUACGCAAACGUACACAAUUGUAUCACGGACACCGAACUGACUUACCACAAUAUGAUAACCAACUCUAAUUAUGAACCGUCUAAUGUGUUUACAUACAUUCACGAUGACUAUCAUUUACCACUCCCAAACAAUGUCAAAACUAAUAAAUCCGGUAUAUUCGACUUGUCGUUUUGUAUGAGUAUGCUCAAACUGAACGAAAACGCUAGAAGUAUUCAACAGUCGAGUUCAAUGGGUCAUUUGUUCAGGAGCGAGGAGAAUGUAGAUUGUGAUGAAGAACAAUGGGCUGCGAUGCACGUGAUGCUGGAUAAUUCGGAAUACAACGGGGACUCGCAACUGCUCCUGAAACAAGAAAUUACUCUAGUGUCUAUAUAUCAUAACAAAAUUAACAACUACCUCAUAAUGUCGCCCGACGUGAACGAUCUGGAAGGUAACUCGUAUGCCGUAGACACUGCUUUGGGAGUGCCGCUUGGUUACGAGUAUUCAAUCGAAGUGGAUUUUGAGGAGAUGGGAAACUCUGAAGAGUUGACAACAUUAUUAAGAAAAUUACUCAAGAGAUGGGAGAAAAAACAGAAGUACUUAAUGACUUUCUCCAUGCCUCCGCUUGACAAGAAACAGUAUUGCAUCUCACUUGACAUACUGUCUGCAACUGAUUUUGAUAUGGACGAUCUCUACAUUGAAUAUAAUAUAAAGAUUCCAGAAACAAUGAGCUGUAAUGGUGAUCUGCAUGGCAGGACACACACAAGUAAAGCUCUCGGUACACACAACACACAAGAAUGGAACUUUGGAUAUAUUAUAGAACUUGAUCUGGAGAUGCCAGUAGACUUAGAUCCACCCUCCCUUCAGAUAUUUUUCGAAGUCAUCUCAACGGACUGGUGGGGUCGACAUCGCACAGAAGGAUACAGCUAUCUCCCUUUAACGUUAGACAUUGGAUGUUACCGGAAGCAGCUGACCUGCUCUCGCCCGGAAGAGAGUGAUCGUGUUCAGGGUGAGAGUAGAAGAUUCUUCGUUGGUGGGUGCCAUUUGAUCAAAGAUUUGGAGGUGUUGGCCCAACCACAGUUACAGGACACCAAAUUCGUAUUCACCACGAUAGGCACCCUCAGUAUCCAAUGGAACAUAAUAUCCCAAACGCACAUUCCCAGAGCUGAUUAUACUCCACUUCCCAGUACCAGUACAGCAUCAGCUGUACUCCUCGGCGCUGAAGCUGUCCUGCGUCAGUACAGGAAGGCGAGGGCCAGGCUCGCCGCCGCUACUAAGGAUCUGACAGGGUCCAGGAAAGAUGGAGAUGGAGAUGGAUAGCUGGUGACUUAAAUCUUAUGAGAUUAUAAUUCAUGACAAUAAUUCGACGGUCUGGUCUAGCGGCAUACUGUGUUGCUUCCGAUGGUCGCGGGUUCGAUUCCUUGUACAGUAAGGCGGUGUACUAAAC